CAAAAGUCUUUCACUGUAAGAGAAACGUGGCACGCAUUUAUUUGUCGUAAUACGUCACUCCUUUUCCACUAGCAUUCGCGAGAUUAUCCAGCUUUUCGUCUUCAUCGUGAAACCAUAGCUUUCUCUCUCUUGAAAACCAUGGCGUUGAGGUAUGGUGGACGCAAGUUGUCCUUCGACGUACUCACCGCUAGCACCUUCUUUGAAGACGGCGACGACGAUGAGACCCCCAUCUACAGAUCCAAUUCAGGGCCUCCAAUUCACCAAAAUGGCGUCGCAUCAAAUCCUAACCGCCGAAAACGGAAGAAGAAAAAGAAGCAGCUGAUGGAGUGUUCGAUAUCCGAAAAUUCAGUCACCGAUGGAGGCAUCGAGGGGGUUAUGGAUGAUUCUGUGAAUCAGAGGGUUUUCGAGAACGGUAAUUGUACGAAAGAAUUGGAAUUGGAAUCGGAUUGUAAGGGUUAUAAUUAUAGUGUUUCCAGUGUUGUAUGUGAGGAAGUGGUGAUGGCGGAAGGGAGUGGUGGUGGAGAGAUUGUGUGCACAGUGAGUUCGGUAAAUGGACCUGAAUUUGGGAAUUCGCAUGGUUGGGAAUUGAGGCAGAGGAGUGUUGCAAAUGGAGGAGGAGGAGGAGGAGGAGGAGGGAAUGAGGAAGCAGAAGUUUUGGAUUCGCGGAUUGAUAAGAAUGCGAAGGAAGAGGGUAGGAGUAGUAGCGGUCAGGAAUUGGAUUUGGCGAUGGGGAAACAACGGGUGGAGCAGAAUGGGGAUGCUGGGAGGAGAUUGGGAAAGGGAGAGUCGUUGGACUGGAAGAAAUUUAUGGAGGAAGAUCCGAAUUACACAUUUUCUGUGGAGAAGUUACCUGUGAAAUACUUCAUGGAAGAGAUGCAUGGUGGAAAUUCAUUACGGAGGACUACGACUCUAGGGAAUGAGAAAGAACGAGAAAGAGUGUACGAUACGAUAUUUCGCUUGCCAUGGCGAUGUGAACUGCUUAUAGAUGUUGGCUACUUCGUCUGUUUCGAUUCGUUUCUGUCACUGUUGACUAUGAUGCCAACAAGGAUUCUUAUGACCUUUUGGAGGCUUCUUAAAACAAG